AUGCACGGCAGAUGCCAGGCAGGGCGCGGGCGGGAUGACGUCAAGCUGCCCUCCAUCUCCGGCACCGUCAUCGCCAACUCCAACCUCAACCUGCUGGGCAUGGGAGCCACCAUCCUCUCCCUGCAGGCGAUUGUGGGCAACCUGGUGGCCAAGACUCUAUCCAGCGCCUCUGCCGGCGCCUACUACGGCGCGCAGCGGGUGGCCGCCCCGCCCGUGGCCUUUGACGUGUUCAGCGUGCAGGCCUGCACCAACACCAUCAUGGCCCACUUUGUGGGCAUGCUGUUCAGCAACUGGAUCCUGCUGGUGGUGAACAAAUACAACAAGCGGCAGCAGGAGCGGGAGGCGGCGUUUGCGGCGGACAGCGCGCCGUCGGCACCCCCCAUGCCAGGCUUCCAGUACUGA